AUGAGUGACAUCAAACAUCGCGUAGCCAUCAUCGGCUGUGGACGGAUGGGGCAAAAUUACGCGGAGGCAUACACCACUUAUCCCGAUACGGAAAUCGUUGCGAUCGCCGAUGCCAAUGUGCAACGGCGGGAUGUUCUCGGUGCCCGCUUUGACGUUUCGGCUCUUUAUCCAGAUGUGGAAGCGUUAUUACGGGACAUUGUGCCAGACAUCGCGGUGGUCGUCACGCCCACGAAAUACAUGAAAGAUGUGGUGAUUGCGUGUGCCGAAGCCGGUGUCAAAGGUAUCUCUACUGAGAAACCGAUUGCCGCGUGUUUACAAGAUGCCGAUGCAAUGGUUGAAGUAUGUGCCGAACGGGGUGUUGUAUUUGCCGGAGGCAACCUUCAACGCGCCAUGAAUGAGGUUCAGGAGGCGGCAUCUCGGCUCCAUAACGGCGAAUUGGGGGAAAUCAGAGGCGCGAGCGUUCAUGGGUUCGGUGGCGAAAUCUCUGGUGGCGGAUGCCAGCACAUCUCCGUACUACGUCUGUUCACCAAUGCUGAGGUUGAGGAAAUCAUCGCAUGGGGAACCCCUCCUGAAGCGUUAGACGCAGAAACCGAUGAGGGUCUAAUCAUCAACGGGCGUUUUCAUCUGACGAACGGUUUGGAAUGCAGUGUCUUCGGAACCCCAACGUCUUGCCGUGGUGUAGAUGUUUGGACAGACGAAUGCCUCGUCCGAUGGGAUUGGAACCCACCUGAAAUUUUCAAAGGCUACGACCCGCACGGCAAUCGCGUCCGUAUUGAUACCAACUACAACCCAUAUCCGUGGAAUGAAUUCAGUUACCUCACAGGCUCCAUUCGCUCCUUCUUAGCGGCUGUUGAUGGCAACGGACACCCGUGGAUUACAGGCGCCGAUCUCCGACAAGCGUUGGAGGUUGCCAUUGCUGCGAAACUCUCCGCAACCCGAAACAGCACACCCGUCAAACUCCCGCUUGAAGACAGAUCUUUGGCUUUAUAUCCACGUCCCUAUCGGUGGAUCGGCGGGGAUGCAACCGGUAAACCUCAGAGUGUCACAGAAGCGACAGGUUUUUAAUUUUACCUUGCGGAUUUUCAAUUAUACCUUGCGGAGGAAAAACGGGUAUAGGAACUAUGGACUCCACCUCUUAUAUCCGCCCUCCGCUACGCUUACGGGCUACCGGGUUUGAUACUAUCUUAGGAGACCCCAAACGAAUCGCCUGAUUUAACGCCUUGCGAAUAAUUAAAAAAGGAGGAACUACCAAUGAACGAAGAUCAAAAAUAUCUAUUCGAUUUGACCGGAUACCUCAUCGUCGAAAACGCUUUGACGGCAGAAGAGGUCGCCCAGUGCAACGCUGCCAUCGACCAUCAUAUUGAAGGACUUCGGGAACGCGACACCUCUCUGGCAGGCGGAUCAGCCGCACUCGGUGGCACAGCACACCGAAUGGACAUGGGUGGCAUGCUCGCCUGGGAAAAACCUUGGUGUGAACCGUUCCGAAAUUUGCUCGUCCAUCCCAAUAUUAAACCGUACUUUGAAGAGGUUUUGGGUAAACAAUAUCGACUCGAUCACGGUCCGGGCUUAAUCGCUAUGGGAAAAGAUACGGAAGGUGGCACUUUACACGGUGGUGGGAUCGAACGUCCCAAUUUCUCCGAAGCUUACUUCUUCAAAUACGGACGCAUAUACACAGGUUUGACUGUCGUCGAAUACAUGCUUGCUGACGAAGGUCCUGGUGACGGUGGUUUAGCUAUCAUACCUGGGAGCCACAAGGCAAACCUUCCGUGUCCAAGUGGUAUGAGGCGGUACGAGCAGUAUCAGAAGCAUGUUGUCGAAGUCAAUGUCAAGGCUGGCGAUGCCGUGAUUUUCACUGAAACACUGACGCACGGUACACUCCCGUGGAAGGGCAACCAUCAACGACGCGCACUACUUUACAAGUUCAGUCCCGGAUUCCAAGCGUACAGCGCAGGCGCACACCAAAUCACAUAUCCUGAUUACAUUGAGGAUAUGUCUCCUGAGCAGCGAGAAGUCAUGGAGGCACCCCACAUCCGACACUAA